UUCCCAAUCUCCCACACAACAAGCAUUUCCAGAGAAACGAAACUGAUCUGUGAUACUUUGCUGCUCAGCCUGUUGAUGUGUUUACUAUAAUGGCAGAUGCAAUGGACUUGAUGAAUUGUUCAAUUUGCCUGGAUCUACUGAAAGAUCCGGUGGCUAUUCCCUGUGGACACAACUACUGUAUGGGCUGUAUUGAGGACUGCUGGAAUCAGGGUGAUCUUAACGGUGUCUACAGCUGCCCAGUCUGCAGAAAGACCUUUACCCCGAGGCCUGUUCUGAACAAAAAUACUCUACUGAUUGAAUUGGUGGAGAAACUGAAGAAUACAGGACUACAUGCUGCUUCAGCUGCUCACUGUUAUGCUGAACCUGGAGAUGUGGAGUGUGAUUUCUGCAUUGGGAGAAAACUAAAAUCUGUGAAAUUCUGUCUGGUGUGUCUGGCCUCUUACUGCGAGACUCAUCUACAGCCUCAUUAUGAAGUAGCUCCAUUAAAGAAGCACAAGCUGGUCAAAGCAUCCACACAACUCCGUGAGAUGAUCUGCUCUCAUCAUGACAAACGGCUGGAGGUUUACUGCCGUACAGAUCAGCAGUGUAUCUGUUAUCUUUGUACAGUGGAUGAACAUAAAGGCCAUGAUACAGUGUUAGCUGCCGCAGAAAGAACUGAAAAACAGAAACAGUUGGAUGAGAAACAGCAGAUAUUAAAGCAGAGAAUCCAGAAGACGGAGAUGGGGGUGUUGGGGGCGAGACAGUCUAUACAGUUUGUCAAGAGCUCUGCACAGGCAGCAGUGGAGGACAGUGAGAGGAUCUUUCCUGAGCUUAUCCGCUCCAUUGAGAGAAGGAGCUCUAAGGUGAAGCAGCUGAUCAAAGCCAAGGAGAUGGCUGAAGUGAGUCGAACUGAAGGACACCUGAAGCAACUGGAGGAGGAGGUGGUUGAGCUGAGGAGGAAAGACGCUGAGCUGGAGCAGCUCUCACACACAGAGGAUCACAUCCAUUUCCUCAAGAGUUUCCAGUCUUUCUCUGUCCCGCCGGGAAUUGAGGGCAUACCCAGCACUUUUAACCCUCAUGUCUCCAUUGAGGAUGUCAAGAAGUCCCUCUCUGAACUACAAGACCGAAUGGAGACUGUAUUCAAUGAGGAAAUGGUAAAGAUAUCUAGAAAAGUUGGAUAUGCCUUUCAUUUAGCCAGUAGCCCAAUGAGGAAAAUCCUCUUCUGCUUUGGAGAAUGCACCUCUGGCUUCAGCUUCCAACCAGUUAUCAGUCCCUCCAAGUCCCUGGCCAAGCUGAACCGGAUCAGGGUGUCUGUGGACGAGGACCAGGACGUGACUCAAGACAAACAGGCUACUAAAACCAAAGUCUUUACUGGUGGGUCAGCUUCAGUGGGAGGAUUUACUUUUAGAUUUGGGGCCGACACUCAGCCCACCACCAACCCUCCCAUCCCUGAGUCUGGCUACUUCAUCAAGCCCUUCGUCGUACCUGUCCAACCAGCUAAGAGCAUUGAGCGAAAGCCUGUGGACUUUGGGAAGAUGUCUUUUGGCCAGCCGAUCCCUGCUGAGCCUCCUAAAGUGCUUAGCUUUGGUGCUGAAAUAGUCGCCCAGUCCACUCCAUCAUACGCUGCCUUUAAAUUCAACUCCAACUUUAAAUCCAAUGACGGGGACUUCACCUUCAAGUCCAAAAACAGUGAGACCCUGUUGAAGCUUCUGAUGUCAGACAUUCCCACCAAAUCAGAGGGCCCCUCAGAGGGGAAGCCCCAAUAUCCUCCUAGCCUGGGAGGGAUACUUACCUUUGGCACUAAAAGCGCUUCUGGGUUCUCCUUUAAUGACUCAAUCCAGAUCCAGGACAAACCAAACCCGUUUGGAAAAUUUGACCAGCCAUUUAGUUUCACUGAUGUAACCACGCCGGUAUUUGGGCUGGCAAACACAGCAGAGGAGGAGAAGGGAGCUGAGAGCAAUAACAACAGCACUCAUGUGGAGGAGGACGAGGAUGGGCCUCACUUUGAGCCUAUUGUGCCCCUCCCUGACAAAGUAGACGUGAAGACUGGAGAGGAGGAAGAGGAGGAGAUGUUCUGUAACAGGGCCAAGCUGUUCAGAUUCGAUGCGGAGACAAAAGAGUGGAAAGAGAGAGGUAUCGGCUUAGUCAAAAUCCUAAAGCACAAUACAUCAGGGAAAGUGCGUCUACUUAUGAGGAGGGAGCAGGUUCUAAAGGUCUGUGUUAACCACUACAUCAUGCCAGAUAUGCUCCUGAAAACAAACGCUGGAUCUGACAAGUCCUGGGUCUGGAAUGCCGUUAAUUAUGCGGAUGAGGAACCAAGGCCUGAGCAACUGGCCAUCCGGUUCAAAACGAAAGUCGAGGCAUUGCUCUUCAAGACAAAGUUUGAAGAGGCUCAGAAGAUCGUUCCCAAAUCUUUUUCAAGGAAGGAUGGACAAUGGGACUGUGACACCUGUCUAAUGAGGAAUGAUGCAUCUGCCUCUAAGUGUGUUUCCUGCCAGACACCCAACCCCAAUUCUAGCAGCUCCUCUCUUAGGGCCAUGUUUGCCAGGCAGGAGGGACAGUGGGACUGUGACGCAUGUCUAGUCAGAAACAACGACUCUGCUAGUCAAUGCGUCUCCUGUCAGAUGCCCAAUCCCAAUGUUAAGAGCAUAACCACAGCCACCACUUCCAGCUCAUCCUUCAGCUUUAACUUCGGGAGUCAGACUGCCUCUACUCAACCCACAGGCACUGGGUUUAAAGCGAACUUCAACGGUGACAGCUCUUUGCAGUUUGGCACAGGCAAAGUUGAUAAAAGUUCCCCUGCAUCCUUCAAGUUUGAGACCCCUCCUCAGGCUGAAAGCAGUACCCCCAGUGCUGCAGGCUUCUCUUUCACCAUGCCCAUCCCAGCAGGUGGCUUUAAGUUUGGCACUCAGGAAACUGCAAAGGAAACCCUACCAACUGAAACUCAGACUCCUGCUUCAGGGUCUGCGUCAAUGUUCCUGAAGAAUAUCGCAGGGCAGCACAGAGAGAAGGAAUCUGGUGUCAGUGUAUAUGCAUCAGUGCUGUCAGUGGACAAGACGGGUCAGGAUGAAAAUCCCCUCUUCAUUGGCAAACCCAACGACUUCAGUUUUGCAGACUUGGCUAAAAACUCACAAGGAGACUUCCAGUUUGGUCAGACGGACUCCAAUUUCAAAGGCUUCACCCGCGCUGGUGAGCAGCUGUUCACAUCUCUUCAGUCAAACCAGAGGGCAGACACCUCAGCUGACCAGGAUGAAGAGGGCAUAUACAAGACAGAGGAUAAUGACGAUAUCCAGUUUGAGCCUGUGGUCCAGAUGCCAGAGAAAGUGGACCUGGUCAUGUAGUGGCAAAUCGGCUCGAAUAUGACGCACUCAAGAACUUUGUAAAAAUCAAUAGGCUUUUAAUAUCAAGGUAUCUCAAGCCGGAGUGGUCCGCGGAACACACACCUUUCCAGAGCUCUCACUCUUCAUUUUAUACCCACACAUACAUUAUCAGUUCAUCCCCCAAUGCAAAUACAGUUACAUCCCAAACCUGCUUGUUCAGCCCAAUAACUCCCACCUCUGCUUUCGGUCAGUUUUACAAUGAUGACCAGACCUUUGCUUUGACCUAAAGAUAAUAUACGUCCCUCUUCCUGUAUCCUGUGUUUUAGACCCUGUAAUUAACUCCAAGUGUCCCUUUUGGUGUGUGUCUUUCAUCUCUAGUUUUUAUUGUGUUCAGCUGCCCUGGUCGCCUUCGGACACUGAUAUUGGGCGAUUAUCCCUGGCUCGCAGUCAACGUUCCAAUUCAUCCCAAAGGUGUUCGAUUGGGGUUGAGGUCAGGGCUCUGUGCAGGCCAAUCAAGUUCUUCCACACCUAUCUCGACAAACCAUUUUUGUAUGGACCUCGUUUUGUGCACAGGUGCAUUGUCAUACUGAAACAGGAAAGGGCCUUCCCAAACUGUUGGCACAAUGUUGGAAGCACAGAAUUAUCUAUAAUGCCAUUGUAUGCUGUAGUGUUAAAUUUACCCUUCACUAGAACUAAGGGGCCUAGCCCCAGGGAUGUACUAAGCUGUACGCACUACCCUCUGUAGUGCCUUACUGUCGGAUGCUGAGCAGAUGCCAUACAAGGCGGUGAUGCAACUGGUCAGGAUGCUCUCGAUGGUGCAGCUGUAGAACUUUUUGAAGAUCUGGGGACCAAUGCCAAAUCUUUUCAGUCUUCUGAGGGGAAUAGGCCUUGUCGUGCCCUCUUCACUACUGUGUUGGUGUGUUUGGACCCUGAUAGUUUGUUGGUGAUGUAGACACCAAGGAACUUGAAGCACUCAACCCGAUCCACUAAAGCCCUGUCGAUGUGAAUGGGGGCGUGUUCAGCCCUCCUUUUCCUGUAGCCCACAAUCACCACACUGCCAGGUCUCUGACCUCCUCCCUAUAGGCUAUGUCAUUGUUGUUGGUGAUCAGGCCUACCACCGUUGUGUUGUCAGCAGAUUUAAUGAUGGUGUUGAAGUUGUACUUGACCACGCAGUCGUGGGUGAAUAGGCAGUACAAGAGGGUACUAAGCACACACCCCUGAGGGGCCUCCGUGUUGAGUAUCCGCAUGUCUGAUGUGCUGUUGCCUACCCUUACCACCUGGGGGUGGCUCGUCAGGAAGUCCAGGAUCCAGUUGCAGAGGGAGGUGUUGAGUCCCAGGGGUCUUAGCUUAGUGAUGAGCUUUGUGGGCACGAUGGUGUUGAAUGCUGAGCUGUAGUCAAUGAACAACAGUCUCACAUUUGUUUGUUCUAGUAGCUAGGUUUCAAUCCAAUUUGUGACAGCUUUUCAUAUGACUAUUCUGAAAGAGGCCUACGCAUAAAGAAAAUAUGCACAUUUUCCCACUAGUAGUGUGUUUCCACCAAACAGACUUGUUGCCGAUAAAAAUCGGUGAGUGAUGACAUUGUGGACAAAAAAAUGUACACUUUUUGCCUAAGUUUUCAUGUGCCUAUUAAAUAUCUACAGUUCAA